CGACGACCCUUUGUGAUGAAAAUUAUUUGUUAAUUGCAAAAGCUAUAUUAAAUCUGAUAUUAAUUUAUUCUUUUAGUCAUGAAGACCGUUUUGAUGGUUGCAGAGAAGCCCUCAUUGGCGCAAUCUUUGGCCAAGAUCAUUAGCAAAGAUAGUAUGAAUAGCAGGAAAGGAUUCAACGGUGCCUGUUCAAUACAUGAAUUUUCCACGACUUUUCCGCCGACUGAGGAAUUUGCAAAAUUCAAGUUCACAUCUGUGUGCGGACAUGUAAUGGGCUUAGAUUUUUUUGGCAAGUAUAAUGCUUGGGACAAGGUUGAUCCAGCUGAACUUUUUGAUGCCCCAACAUUGAAAAAAGAGGCUACUCCAAGUUUGAAGAUGCCCAACUUUCUUGAAAAAGAAGCUAAAGGCUGUGAUUAUUUGGUGUUAUGGCUGGAUUGCGAUAAAGAGGGAGAGAACAUUUGCUUUGAAGUUAUUGAUGCCGUCAGAUGUGCAAUCAAUGUAGAUGUUAAUUUUAAAAAGACAGUUUUCAGGGCAAAGUUUAGUGCAAUAACAGAAAGUGAAAUAAUGAGAGCAUUUUUCAACCUUGGACAUCCAAACAAAAAUGAAGCAUUGUCAGUUGAUGCUCGCCAGGAGUUUGAUCUCAGAGUGGGAUGUGCUUUCACCAGAUUUCAAACCAAAUUUUUUCAGGACAAGUACGGGGAUUUGGAUAGUACUUUAAUUUCAUUUGGACCUUGCCAAACACCAACGUUAGGUUUUUGUGUGGAAAGACAUGACAAGAUACAAUCUUUUAAGCCAGAGCCCUUUUGGAUUAUCUCUGCAACGUUGUGCCUUGAUGGAAAACUGUUGAACGUGGAUUGGGACAAAGGCCACGUCUUCGACAAAGAGAUUUCUCAGCUGUUUCUCAGCAUGGCCAAGAAGUUCGGCAGCGCUAAAUUAAUUGAUAUCCAAAGAAAAGAGAAAACAAAAUCCAGACCUCAAGCACUCAACACCGUUGAAAUGUUGAGAGUUGCCAGUUCUGGAUUGGGAAUGAGUCCACAUCACACAAUGCAAGUUGCUGAACGUUUAUACACACAGGGUUACAUAAGCUACCCGAGAACUGAAACUACCUCUUAUGCAGACAGUUUUGAUCUUAUAGGAGCAUUGAAGUUGCAAAUAUCAAGUCCAGUGUGGGGGGCAGAGGUCAAACGUUUGCUGGAUCACGGAAUAUUGAAACCGAAGAAAGGUCAUGAUGCUGGAGAUCACCCUCCUAUUACACCUAUGAAGAUGGCUACAGAAACGGAUAUUGGCAGUGAAUAUUGGAGAUUGUAUGAUUACAUAACGAGACAUUUCAUUGCCACUGUUAGCAUGUGUGAUGAUUGCAAAUAUCUGCUCACUACAUUCAUCUUCACGAUAGGUAAUGAAAAGUUUACUUGUUGCAAUACAACUUUAGUGGAUCCUGGGUAUACAAAAGUUAUGCCGUGGCAAGCUAUCGCCGAAAAUGAUGUAAAAACUGAAUUUUGCAAAGUUGGGGAUAUGUAUAGCAUUGAAGAAUUAAAAUUGGUGGAGAAUCAUACAUCGGCACCAGAUUAUCUUACAGAGUCGGAAUUGAUAUCAUUGAUGGAAAAGCAUUGUAUUGGGACUGAUGCAAGUAUUCCAGUUCAUAUCAACAAUAUAUCAGAAAGAAAUUAUGUGACUGUUACUUCGGGAAGAAGAUUGGUACCUACCAACCUGGGCAUUGUGUUGGUUCAUGGAUAUCAGAAGAUUGAUCACGAUCUGGUGAAAGCAACUAUGAGAGCAUCUAUUGAAAAACAGUUCAAUUUGAUAGCCCAGGGACAGGCUAAUUUUGAAGAAGUUCUGCAGCAUGGGAUUCUUAUUUUCAAAAGCAAGUUCAAAUAUUUUGUUGAACAUAUUAAUCUCAUGGACGAGCUGUUCGAAGUUAACUUUUCAUCACUUGCUGACUCAGGAAAGCCACUUUCAAGGUGUGGGAAAUGUCAUCGCUACAUGAAAUUCGUUCAAAGUAAACCAUGUCGCCUGCAUUGUUCUUCAUGUGAUGAAACGUUGAACCUCCCGCAGAAUGCAAACGUCAGAAUAUACAAGGAGUUAAAAUGCCCUCUCGACGAUUACGAACUAUUGUAUUGUACCACGGGUAGCAAAGGAAAGAGUUUUAUAUUUUGUCCAUACUGUUUUAACGAUCCGCCAUUCCCUGAAAUGAAGAAGGGCAUGGGCUGCAACGAAUGCCUGCAUCCCACAUGUCCUCAUUCUCUCUCAAAAACACGAUUGACAGAAUGCCUCGAAUGUGACAGUGGAUCGCUGGUGUUGGAUCUUAAUUCCAUGCCUAAGUGGAGGGUCAUUUGCAAUCGAUGUAGCAUGCUGAUAAACCUGUUUGAAGGCGCAAAUAAGUUAACAUUAGUUGAUGAUCUGUGUCAAGAAUGUGGGUCAUCCAUCGUUGAAGUUCAUUAUAAGGAAAAAAGUCCAUUUUCUGACAAUCAAUCAGUUCGUAAAGGUUGCAUAUUCUGUGACACUGAAUUCAGUAAUCUGGUGAAAAUUGACAGGGCUCGUUCUUCAAGGCCAGCCAAUUACAAAAGAGGAAGGGGUGGUAGAGGUGGAAGAGGCGGUCGCGGAAAACCAAAACAACCAAAAGAUAAAAUGGCACGAUUGGCCGCCUAUUUUGUUUAAUUAAAGCUUUGAUAUUUUUUAUGUUAGAUUUAUUCAUUUCUUCACGCUAUUAUAUUUACAUAAAAAAUUUUGUUGACAGUUUGAGGUGGAAUAUUUAAAUUAAUGAAAUUGUUACUAAAA